UUAGUUUAGUAUAAAGAAUGCCUUAGCUCUUAUGUUAUUUGUAUGUCGUAGAUCACCAUCUUAUGUUCCUCCAUUUAUAAAGAUCUGCGAUGCCAGAUAUUGAUGAUGAAGUUGUUUGUCAAAUUCCCAAGCCAACAGUUCGUAUCUCUGGUCGAAAUGGUCUCUGCAUUCAUAUCAGAGAUGGAAAAUAUAGAAAUAGAAACCCGAUUCAGUUGGCUCCCGGCAGAUUUCGACGCAACCUGAUGCAAAGCUGGACCUUGUAUAAAGAGACAAUUCAAUCUAACGACAUGUGCAUGACAGCUUAUGGGUUUGCUCCAGGAAACUAUGUGAUGAUAUAUGAUUGCCGAAAAGUUGUGCCUGAAGCAACCCGGUGGAAAAUUUGGGCAAAUGGAACCAUUACAAAUUCUAAAUUAAGAUAUGCUUUGGCAGCAUCAGCAGGGGAUAAGGGUAUGAAACUAACACUAGAGGAAAAUCAAUUAGCCGCCAGUCAAGCUUGGCUUCCCAGUAAUAGUACAGAUCCUUUAGCUGCAUCCAUUAUUGGACUUCAGGAUCUUUGCUUGCGAGCUGGUGGAAACAAGGUGUAGUUAAGCAAGUUUCCGGUGAUUUAGAUCAAGAAUGGGCUCUUUAUGGAGAUGGGUUCAAGUCCACCUAGAGAGAACAGAGACAGUUGCCUCAGUUGUAACAAUGGAUGUGAAAGAAUCUGACCCAAGUCUUCAAACAAAUAAUCAUUUGGCCAUUCAAAGGAACCGCUAAUCAAAUGUGGUUAGCAUUUCCAUGCUAAUUACAAUCUUAAAUUGUAGCUUAAGCAGUAGUAGUCUUAGUACUUGCUUAAAUAAUAAGAGAAAGAAAAAAAAAGACAUCAGGUUACUGAUGUGAAGAGCAGAAAACUACAUUCAUGUACUCUCUGAGCUUUUCAAUGUACCUAUCAUGAGAUAUAUAGAAUAAAUGUUUGUGUCAGUUGAUGAACGAAAUAAACUAGUAUUUAUCAUUUAAAAUAAAAUAAAAAAAUAUAUUAGAGCAUUACAUUGUAAGAUGACUUCUUGCAAUAAAAAAAAAACUUGAUAUAUAAAAGAAUAUAUUGAAAAUGCUUAAAAAACAUAUUGUAUUUAAAUAAAACUUUUACUUUUAAUAUUUAGAUAUUUCUUAAAUGUUUGCUUUUUAAAUAAAUAGCACAAAUAAAAAUAUCUAUGAUAUCUAAGAAAAAACUGUAAUAUAUCGACUCAC